CCCAGCCAUUCUGCGAUACCCUCGACCGCCAUUCGUACAACUUCCCCCAGGUCGAAUAUCACAUAAAAUCUUUCACAAUGGCUGCUACAAAGCAUCUCCUCGCUGACAGCGAGGACGCCAUCGUCGACCGACCCUCCAAGAAGACCAAGGUCACCGACGUCGACGAGAAGGCUCGUUUGAAGAAGGAACGCAAGGAGAAGAAGAAGGACAAGAAGCGCAAGACUGAAGAGCAGGAGACACCUGCUGACAAGACUGGCGAUUCUGAGGCUGAGCGUGCUGAGCGCAAGAAGGCUAAGAAGGAAAAGAAGAAGGCGAAGAAGGCCAAGGCCGCUGAGGAGUCUGCUGAGACCACUGAAGCUGCCGAGGAAGCUCCCAAGGAGAAGAAGUCUAAGAAGGAGAAGAAGGUCCCGGUUUCUUAUGAGUCUUCUGACGACGCUUCCUCCGACAGCGCUUACGUCCAGACCAUGAGCCUCUCCAACGUUCCUCAAGCCGAGAUUGACGAAUUCCUCUCCAAGAACCAGAUCACCAUCACCGACCCCAAGACCGAGACCGUCACUCUUCGCCCCGUUUUGGAAUUCCACCAACUUCCCGCUACAAACCUCCUUGAGAAGAAGCCCUCGCCAUUCGCCAACUACAAGGCUCCUACGCCUAUUCAGUCCGCCUCAUGGCCCUUCACGCUCUCUGGCCGCGAUGUUAUCGGUGUCGCUGAGACAGGAUCCGGAAAGACCAUGGCUUUCGCUCUUCCCUGUGUUGAGGCUGUUUCUGAUAUCAAGUACAAGGGCACCAAGGCCGUUAUUGUUUCGCCUACACGAGAACUUGCCAUGCAGACCUAUGAGCAGAUGGCUUCCGUGGCUGCGCUGAACAAGUUAAAGUGUGUGUGUCUGUACGGUGGUGCUUCCAAGGAUGAUCAGCGAAACCUUCUCCGAUGUGGCGCUGACAUUAUUGUCGCUACCCCCGGUCGUCUUAAGGACUUCAUGUCUGAUGGAACUGUUGAUCUUAGCCAAGUUACUUUCGCCGUUCUCGACGAGGCUGAUCGUAUGCUUGACAAGGGUUUCGAGGAGGAUAUUAAGCAGAUCUUGGGUGCUUGCCUUCCCCGCGAGAAGCGCCAGACACUCAUGUUUACAGCUACAUGGCCUCAAUCCGUCCAGGCCCUCGCCUCUUCUUUCAUGGUUACCCCCGUAAAGAUUGCCAUUGGAUCUGGUGGUAAGGAAACAGCCGAUGGAUCUGUUGAGCUGCAAGCCAACACAAGAAUUACACAGCGAGUUGAGGUUCUUGAGCCCAGAGAGAAGGAGUUCCGUCUGCUUCAGCUUCUGAAGGAGCACCAGCAGGGUAAGCAGAAGAACGACCGUAUCUUGGUCUUCUGCCUGUACAAGAAGGAGGCUACACGUGUUGAGAACUUCUUGAGCCGUAAGGGCAUCCGCGUUGGUGGCAUUCACGGUGAUCUGCGACAGGAGCAGCGAACUAGGAGUCUCGAGGCUUUCAAGUCUGGAGCUACUCCUGUUCUUGUUGCUACUGAUGUCGCUGCUCGUGGUCUUGAUAUUCCUGAGGUUAAGCUCGUUAUCAAUGUUACAUUCCCCUUGACCAUUGAGGAUUACGUCCACCGCAUUGGCCGAACGGGCCGUGCUGGUAAGACUGGUGAGGCUAUCACCUUCUUUACUGUCGAGGACAAGUCGCACUCCGGCUCGCUCGUCAACAUUCUCCGAGGUGCCAACCAGCCCGUGCCUGAAGAUCUCCUCAAGUUCGGUACCACUGUUAAGAAGAAGACUCACGACAUGUACGGCGCUUUCUUCAAGGAUGUCGACAUGAACGCCAAGUCGACCAAGAUCACAUUUGAUUAAGAGAAUUACAACUAUUAUGGGGAGCACUAUUGUUUUGCGGCUUUGCGACCGCGGACCGAGUUUAGACACUCAAGGAUAAAAUGGCGCUCGAGGACCAGGCUGCGAUGAUUAGAUGUUGUUUUCAAAAAGUUUGCUUUUGGAAUUUGGUAGACGUACAUAAGAAGCAAUAAUGGGAUGGCGGAGCCAGCGAUCUUGACGAGAGAUUUGAUCGGUUGAUCUGCGUUGUCUACGACUUUCAGUUGCUUGAGAAGGAUAGCUGUAGCGAUUGAGACGCCGAGUGUGCUCUCGGGAAUAAGUGAUUUGAUCUUGAAGUCGGUUCCGUGUCUU